UUGAGUCCUACUUAAUUUCGUUUAAGACUUUGCUCUCUCGGUCAAUUUCUACUAGUCGGUGAUGAGUGCGUUGCAAGUGUAAGGGUGUGUAACGUUACAAAUUGGAUGUAUAGGAUUUUUCUUUGGUUUCUUUAAAUUCGUCAUCUAAAACUCCUACAAGAUGAUGAAAUUUAAAGUGGCCGGCCUGGUGGCCGAUUUGAUGCCCAACAUCAGGCUCAUCCAAGCCUCGGGCCAUUUCAUGUUCAAUUACCACGCGGACAAUUCGGGCUCGCUGCACACCCUUCGAGUGGCCUACUCCUGCAUGCACCUCGUUUUCUGCCUGGUGCAGUACGGCUGCACCUUCGGCAAUCUCCUGCUCGAACGAGGCGACGUCAACGAUUUAGCGGCUAACACAAUCACCGUGCUGUUUUUCUCCCAUUGCAUCACGAAAUUCGUCUAUUUCGCGCUGAGGUCCAAACUUUUCUACAGAACAUUAGGCGUAUGGAACCAAUCGAACAGCCAUCCUCUGUUCGUGGAAUCGAACAACAGGUAUCACGCCUUGGCGUUGAAGAAGAUGAGGACGUUGUUGAUAUGCGUCUUCACCACGACUGUACUAUCAGCAGCAGCUUGGACCGGUAUAACGUUCGUGGGCGACAGCGUUCACAACAUCAAAGAUCCCGAAAACGAGAACCUGACGAUUGUGGAGGAGAUACCGCGGUUGCUGGUGAAGUCCUGGUAUCCGUGGAACGCGAUGUCGGGCGGCGCCUACUACAUAACGUUGGUGUUCCAAGUUUACUACGUCCUGUUCUCCCUCAUGCACGCCAAUCUGCUCGACAGCCUGUUCUGCUCCUGGUUGAUAUUCGCCUGCGAGCAACUGCAGCAUUUGAAGGAAAUCAUGAAACCGCUGAUGGAACUGUCGGCUUCUUUGGACACUUAUGUACCGAAGAGCGCGGAUUUGUUCAGAGCGAGCAGCGCUAAUUCGCAGGACAACCUCAUCGAAAACGAUUACAAUCAAAAGAACGAGGAACUGAACCUCAAGGGCGUGUACAACACCAGGCAAGAAAUGGGCGCCAAUUUCCGAUCGGGGGCGCUGCAGAACUUCGGACAGGGAGGCGGCGGAGUGGGCCCCAACGGCCUCACCAAAAAACAGGAACUCAUGGUGAGAUCGGCCAUUAAAUACUGGGUGGAAAGGCACAAGCACGUCGUCAGACUGGUGACAGCCAUCGGAGAUGCUUACGGUGUAGCCUUGCUACUGCACAUGCUUACAUCGACUGUAAUGCUUACGCUGUUGGCUUACCAAGCCACUAAGAUUAACGGGGUCGAUACUUACGCAGCGACUGUUAUCGGUUACUUGGUGUACGCUUUGGCUCAGGUGUUUCAUUUCUGCAUAUUCGGCAACAGGCUCAUCGAGGAAAGUUCGUCGGUGAUGGAAGCGGCUUACAGUUGUCAUUGGUACGACGGUUCGGAGGAAGCCAAAACCUUCGUGCAGAUCGUGUGCCAGCAAUGCCAGAAGGCCAUGUCGAUUUCGGGGGCGAAGUUCUUCACCAUAUCGCUGGAUUUGUUCGCAUCGGUGCUCGGUGCUACCGUUACCUACUUCAUGGUGUUGGUGCAAUUGAAGUAAAUCAUCGAAGCUCUGGAAGGUCUGAAUGUUGUUGUGUUAUCGUAAGUAUUACUUGAUGGUUAACUGCGAGGUUUUCUUGAGAUUAU